CUUAAAGUUCAGCUGAUAUUCCUUAAUAAAGAUCACCUGACAUUCCUUCUAAAAGUUCAGCUGAUAUUCCUUCAUAAAGAUCACCUAAUAUUCCUUCAUAAAGAUCACCUGAUAUUCCUUCAUAAAGAUCACCUGAUAUUCCUACAUAAAGAACACCUGAUAUUCCUUCAUAAAGAACACCUGAUAUUCCUUCAUAAAGUUCAGCUGAUAUUCCUUCAUAAAGAUCACCUGACAUUCCUUCAUAAAGAUCACCUGUCAGUCAUUCUAAAAGUUCAGCUGAUAUUUCUUCAUAAAGAUCACCUGAUAUUCCUUCAUAAAGAUCACCUGAUAUUCCUUCAUAAAGUUCAGCUGAUAUUUCUUCAUAAAGAUCACCUGAUAUUCCUUCAUAAAGAUCACCUGAUAUUCCUUCAUAAAGUUCAGCUGAUAUUCCUUCAUAAAGAUCACCUGAUAUUCCUUCAUAAAGAACACCUGAUAUUCCUUCAUAAAGAACACCUGAUAUUCCUUCAUAAAGAACACCUGGUAUUCCGUCAUAAAGAACACCUGAUAUUCCUUCAUAAAGAUCACCUGUCAGUCCUUCUUAAAGUUCAGCUGAUAUUCCUUCAUAAAGAUCACCUGACAUUCCUUCAUAAAAUCACCUUUCAGCUGAUAUUCCUUAAUAAAGAUCACCUGACAUUCCUUCUAAAAGUUCAGCUGAUAUUCCUUCAUAAAGAUCACCUAAUAUUCCUUCAUAAAGAUCACCUGAUAUUCCUUCAUAAAGAUCACCUGAUAUUCCUACAUAAAGAACACCUGAUAUUCCUUCAUAAAGAACACCUGAUAUUCCUUCAUAAAGUUCAGCUGAUAUUCCUUCAUAAAGAUCACCUGACAUUCCUUCAUAAAGAUCACCUGUCAGUCAUUCUAAAAGUUCAGCUGAUAUUUCUUCAUAAAGAUCACCUGAUAUUCCUUCAUAAAGAUCACCUGAUAUUCCUUCAUAAAGAUCAGCUGAUAUUUCUUCAUAAAGAUCACCUGAUAUUCCUUCAUAAAGAUCACCUGAUAUUCCUUCAUAAAGAUCAGCUGAUAUUCCUUCAUAAAGAUCACCUGAUAUUCCUUCAUAAAGAACACCUGAUAUUCCUUCAUAAAGAACACCUGAUAUUCCUUCAUAAAGAACACCUGAUAUUCCUUCAUAAAGAACACCUGAUAUUCCUUCAUAAAGAUCACCUGUCAUUCCUUCUUAAAGUUCAGCUGAUAUUCCUUCAUAAAGAUCACCUGAUAUUCCUUCAUAAAGAUCACCUGUCAUUCCUUCUUAAAGAUCAGCUGAUAUUCCUUCAUAAAGAUCACCUGACAUUCCUUCUUAAAGAUCAGCUGAUAUUCCUUCAUAAAGAUCACCUGAUAUUCCUUCAUAAAGAUCACCUGAUAUUCCUUCAUAAAGAUCACCUGAUAUUC